AUGAUGUCUGGAGAAGCGUGGCUGUUCCUGUUGGCGGUGUUGAUCAACGCCGUCAACCUGUUCCUUCAAGUUUUUUUCACCAUCAUGUACAGCGAUCUGGAAUGCGAUUACAUUAACCCCAUCGACCUCUGCAACCGUCUGAACGCAUACAUCAUCCCCGAAGCUGCCGUCCAUGGCUUCCUGACCUUUUUGUUCUUGAUCAACGGGUACUGGGUUGCCCUGAUCCUCAACCUUCCCCUCCUCGGAUACAACAUCAAGAAGAUCGUUGACAACACACAUCUGCUUGAUGCCACCGAGAUCUUCCGAAAGCUGAACGUCCAUAAGAAGGAGUCCUUCAUCAAACUGGCCUUCCACUUGAUCAUGUUCUUCUUCUACCUGUACAGCAUGAUCGUCGCCCUCAUCCGCGAUGAGUCUUCGUAA